CUGGAAGAGCCGCGGCUGCCGAAGAGGAGGAGAACGCAGAGGCCGGCCGGACCCCGGACGCGCUGACCGCCGCCGCGCCGCUGCCCCCCCGCUUGCGCUGCCUCCCGCUCGCGCUGCGCCUCCAAGGUCAUCCCCGCCCCCGAGAUGGAAACGGUGCAGGAGCUGAUCCCGCUGGCCAGGGAGAUGAUGGCCCAGAAGCCCAAUCGGAAGCUGGUGAAGCUGUACGUGCUGGGCAGCGUGCUGGCCUUUUUCGGCGUGGUGAUCGGCCUGGUGGAGACUGUGUGCAGCCCCUUCACCGCCGCCAGCCGCCUGCGGGACAGGGAGGCCGCGGUGGCCGAGCUGCAGGCCGCCCGGGAACAGAAGGUCCUGGAGACCCAGGCCCCGCUAGAGAAAGGCAAGCAGCAGGAGGCCGUCCUCUGCAGCCGGGCGCUCUCCAACCGGCUGCACGCCUCCUAGGACCCCUGGGAGCCGGCAGAGGGAGGGGACAGAUAGCCUGAGCGUGAGAAGAGAGCGCGCGUAGGGUCAGGCCCAAGUGGGAGAGAGCAGGAGUCCUGUGCUGUUUGGACUUACAUAUGAGAAGCCACUGACUUCUAGAACUGAACUACCACACGGAUCCACCAAAAGGAGUUUGGGAUUGAGUUUUGCUGCUGUGCAGCACUGCAGGAAGACACAUACAAAACUAUGUAUCUUUGAGCUAUCUGAGUGCAUCUACCAUUUUGCACUAGGGUGGAAGGAGGGGAAAUGCUUUUUAUAUUAUUAUUAUUACGGUGACCACCAUUUUGCAUUUUGAAAUAAAAGUCUUUUUAUACUAUA